AUGGCUUCAAGCUUCUAUGAGUUUCCAUCAAAACUGAGGGAAAAGAUCACCGAAAUUUACCACAAUACCAUCGGAUGGUUCAUCAGCACCCUCUUCAAGAGACCAUCCUCCCUUCUUUUCCUAGGCAUUGACAAUGCAGGAAAGACUACUUUGGUAAACAAGCUAAAAAACAACACAAACGAGAUAUUCCUUCCUACAAAGCAUGCAACAAGGGACAUUGUUGAAAUAGGAAAUCUUAAGGCACAGGUGGUGGAUCUUGGGGGCCAUGAGGCAGCCCGUGUUGCCUGGAAGGAUUAUUUUUACAACGUUGACGGUGUUGUAUUUAUUGUUGAUGUGGAGGAUAGCACAAGAUAUGAGGAAGUAUCGCAGGCUUGGAAGGCAGUCCUGGAUCUGGAAAGAGAGUCUCCGAUUCUUGUGCUUAUGAAUAAGAUUGAUCUACUGGGGUAUACUUCGGAGAGUAUUGAGCUGGAUACAGCAUUCAGGCUCGAUAUAGAAAAUAAGACGGGUGUUGGUAGGAUGAGAAAUCCAGGCCAGCCUGUGCAUGUGAGGUUUUUGAGUAUAAUUUCACAUGACAUAUACACAGAGAAUACACCUCUGAGGGAGGGAUUUUCAUGGCUAAGCAAGGUGAUAAAUGGAAGAGAGAGAAGAGCUCUUUGA